CUCGGGAGUAUCCCCAUCAGGUAGGUUAAAAACCAAGAAAGUCAACAGCAGCAGUGAAGAGUAAGACGUAGACCAAACAAGUCAUUGCCCUUCCGUCGUAGAGACUUUUUCUUUAUUGUAUGAAGUGUCUGGAUAUGCAUGGUGUCUACCCUUCAGCAUGCUGAGCGCUAAGGGUUCAUGCGUGGGAAUGAUAAACGCCGCCGUGGGAAUGGACCGCAGCAGGGUAGGAGAGAGGCUCCAGGCCGCCUUGGCCGGGUUGCAAGAGCUCCAUCUGCUUCGGGACAGACAGGGCGACAUGGUAAACUGGGCGCUCAAUGUGGACCGGGAAGAACCGGUCAGUCGCAUGCACGCCGGUCUGGUGGACGCCAAGAAGAUGGGGGCCGAGGAGCAGCGGUUGGAAGCGACCCUCGCAGCUCUGAAGCAACAGCUGUCUCGUCUUCAGAAACAGGACGUAGGACUGAAGACUCACCUGCAGCAGCUUGACCAACAAAUAAGUGAGCUGAAGCUGGAUGUGAGCAAGGCCUCCAAUGAGCAACUGGAGAGUGACAGCAGACCAAGUUCAGGUUUCUACGAGCUCAGUGAUGGUGGCUCUUGCUCCUUGUCAAACUCCUGUACUUCUGUGUACAGUGAGUGUCUGUCAUCCUCACAGACAAGUCUUCUUCUCCCUUCCACAAGUGCAGUUAAUUCUCAAGUUAGCCCACCAUUACAACCUGACAUGUACCGUCGUCGUUCAGCCGAUGAAGGUGCAACCCACUCCAACCCUACCCGGGCAACAGGCCUUCAUCUGGGAAGCAGGAGGAUCAGAGCAAACUCGACUGUCACUGAACUUGGACGGCCAAGACCCGUGUCAACAGGUGACCUAGACAAGAUGAUAACUCAAGCACUGAGCUAUAAACCAGUGGAUGCUAAGAAACCACCGAUGUGCCCAAUUCCCAAGAUUCCUGCAACGGACCCUAAAUUCCAGAGCAAUUUGAUAUCCCGAAAUGGAAUUGAAUGGUAUCAGUACCCAAGCCCCUUGCAUGCUGUCGCCCUGCAAAGUCCUAUCUUUUUCCAUGGUGGGGAAUCAGCUAUGGCUGGAAAUGCCGACAGGCCUCCAGCGAGUGAUUCUGACACGCUCCAGAGUACUGAAAUGGGCUAUGAUACCAAGACCCUAGGUUACAUUGACAAGCUCCUCCAGGGCAGCUCCAACAAAUCCCACAUUCAAAUGGCACCCGAGGCUAUGCAGACACACGGCACCUAUCAAAGGAAACCACCUGAAGUCGUAACUGUGUUUCCUCAGAAACAUGUAUCUCUUCCUCAACCUCCCCCAACUCAAGCCACAGACAUCAUACUGCUAGAUAACGAAGAGAAGAGACACUGCAUAACGCAUUCCUGUCAAGUAACAACUGAUAACGCAGGCCACCAACAGCCUGCGAGACCUCAGGAGGUUUCCUAUGGGCAUUCCUAUCCUGCUGUAAUGAGGGAGUACAGCUCUGAUGAGGUCACUGCUUCAUCCCUGAGCAAGACAGACAAAACGCAUGUUGGUUUUGUACCUAGAGGCCACACAGAAAACGCAUGUGGAAAUUGCCUAAAAACAAGUUACAUAGAGAAGAAGGCUCACAGACCAGUAAUGUCUCACAGUUCAAGCGCAGAGGAGAGUCAAAUCGUCGAGGUGCAAAAUGACCACACUGGCUCCCCCCAGUUUGUCCAUGCCAAAUUCGUUCCUGCUGGAACUCAGAGGGUCAAGGUGAGACAAGCUGAUCGUAAAACCAAAGCCGUGAAAUUCAGACGAAGGACCAGUGAGAGACCUCGAGCUUUGAGGCAACAGCACCUCUGCUCAUCUGCCGAACGAACGAGAGAAUCCAACGGGUGCAAGGGCGAUCCAAGAAGACCAGGAAAGGGGAAGAUCAUCCAUAAAUACCCCUGCUCUCCAACUGAGGAGCACAAGCAAGGUUCAGGCUCAGACUCAAGCCAGUGUGGCCCUGGAAUAAUCUACACCCACAAGGUCCAUCCAAAGACACACCCUGCCCCAGCUGCUACCAAGUGCAGCAAAAGCCGCAGAUUGCAAUGCGAGGAGUAUGAGCAGACUGCGGAGCAGAGGAAGAAGAGGCAAGCGGCUGCCAAGUGGUUAUAUGAUGGGGAGAAGUUCCAAGCUUUGUCUGCUCAACGUCAGAGGUCAAAAGAAGUCUUUGCACAAGCACCAGGGAGUAUGCAUUUACACCGCAAUAUGAGUGCCAAGUCAGGGCAGUGGAUAGGACCUCAUCAUCGCUUCAUGUCUUCCAUGUCAUCAAACUCAUUCAAUACCAAACUCAAUGCCAAAUACCCUCCAGCACCCUAUCAUAUGUCCAACCACUACCCACCUCGAUGCGAGUCCGAGUACUCAGCUGAGUGCAUGUCACUGUUUCACUCCACCAUUGCCGCAAGCAGCGACGGGGAGAUGAGCGAUAACACCACCAAUCGCUUUGGGGAUAGUGAAUCCAGCCAGAGUUUCCAAUCCUUUUCUGAUUCUGACAGCAGUCUGUCCAUGGAGGAGGGAGACCAUCUGGAUAGCCUUGAGGAGGAGGGUGACCUGGUAUGGGCCCAAGAAACAACUGCAGUGGGGCCCACUGCAGCUGGAAAGACCCUGCAGCAACUCCCACGACCAGAGCCCUCAGCUUGCCGCAUCAAAGCUUCACGAGCUCUGAAAAAGAAGAUUCGCCGCUUUCAGCCUGCCUCACUGAAGGUCAUGACCCUGGUGUAAUACAGUUACCUGAGGCAACAUAUUUGUCACUGAGGAAAAAACAAAGAACUGUGUGAACUUUAUCAGAAAGAUCUCACCUCUUGCAGCACCCUUCUUUUUUCAGUGCACUGAUUGUUUUUCAUUGUGUUUUCAUUGAAAAAAAAAAACGUGUGUGUGUGUGUGUGUGUUGUAAUUUUUUUGUUGUAAAAGCAUGCUUGUAUAACACAUUUAUACAUUUAUUUGUAAAUAUAUGUUAUUAUAAUUCAUUUCUCAAUGCAUGUGUCAUAAUUGUCAUGUUGAAGAUUUCAUGAUAGUCAUAAAAAUGUGUACAUUGACAAAUAAAUCCGACAUUAUUUCAAGCAAAUAUUGAUUUUCUCUGACUAACAAUCAAUGUUUCUUAUAAUAAACUAUCAAUUGAUGAAUAUUGAA